CAAGUAGCUAUGAAGAUUGAAUGCAGCAGUCUUCGUACUCGAGUACUGGUCAAGAAUAGCUAACGAAAUAGUUCUUUUAUUGCUUCACCCAACCUACAACGACGAUUCAUUAGGUAUAGUUCUAACAUUCUGGAAUACGAGUAACCAAAUGGACUAAUUGUCCAUCAAGGAAAUCCAAUUCUUCUGGAGAGUUUACUCAUAAGUGAACGACUGAGAUUGAUUGGCCCGCUCACCACAACGCGGGGUGAGCAUUCAACCUCUCGCAUAAAUAAUCCUCGCCCCGCUGAGAACCAUAAACACCGCGUCGCAACAAGAACACCCACAGCCUCGCCAUCCAACACCGAAUUCCAUAUACAGCACUGUACAAGGUCCAGUCUCUACAAUCCAACUCCCAAAAUGUCCUCCACAACCCCCCUUGCAACCAGCAGCACCAAACGCUCCACCUCCGGCACGCGUCGUCCCAUCUCUCGCCCAACGACCCCUCUCCGCCCCUCAUCACGCUCCUCCCUACGCGACUCCCGUCGAAACAGCGCAGGAGGAGGCUUCUCCCAUGCGCCCAUAGAGACCUUUGAGCCCGCAUUUGCGGAGCUGUCGGAUUCCAUGGCGGAUUUGGAGGCCAAUUUUAUGCAUUUGCAGUUGAUGCAUGAGAGUCUUGCACGGUUCAGUGAGAACUUUGCGAGUUUUUUGUAUGGGUUGAAUAUGAAUGCUUUUUGUGUGGACUUUCCCGAGGUAUGUAGGCAGAGGGAGGGGAGUGUUUAUUUGGGUUUAUGGUGAGGUGAGCUGAUGGUUACUAGGCGCCUAUUUCCGACUCUUUUAAACGGGCUAGGGAUCAAGAUGUUGAUUUAGGUAUGCGUGGGAAUGUCGCCAUUUUUGGACGGCGCUAAUCAUAUCACAGGAAGAUCUACUAAUUCAGAGAGAUUCCGUGGAGAAAUUGAUGGGGAAACAACAUUUAUGUAUGUCAUAAAGUGCUUGUCUUUAAGUACGCUCAAUACUAAUUCCUGCAGGACUACCGACACAUCCUUCGUCGAGAACCCACCUACAUCCUCCAAACCCACCCCCAAGUUCGCAACCCCAGCCCCGGCAUCGCGAACAGCCAGUGGAGGUCGUGGAGGUAUUCCUUCUGCCAGAGGCGGCAGUGCGCGAGGCGGUGUUCGAGGAACUCGAGGAAGUGGUUUGGCUAGAGCUGCGAAAGGCCGUACUGUGAGAUAGCGAAAUAUACCCCGAAUUGUGAUUUUCCGGUA